ACGCUCCGUUACUGUAAAAGCAACCGCGCUUAUUGAAAUAAAAUGCUGAUUUUGUGGCCAUCGGACUGAUUUUAUGAUCUUACAGCUUCGCGCUGCAUGUAUUUGAAAGAAAGCAAAUACAUGGCGAUGAGGACGGUCAUACCCUCUCAGCCAUCUACACCAUGUCUAGCCCAACAAAGAAAAGAAAGCUAAAUGCUGAUUCGAAAAACGGGAAGCCUCAAUCGAAAGGCCUGGAAUACUUCUUUUCAAGGCAAAAGUCAAAAGACACUCCUGCGCAGUCUCUGCCCGACCAAGAUGCGGCCCUAGAUGCAGAGCUCACGGAUGAACAGCUGGCUCGGAAGCUUCAGGAUGAAUGGGACAAAGAGGCUGCAGCUGUAGGAUUAGGAGGCAGCCAGAGCGUUCAAAAUGAUGAGCCCUCCAAGGAAUCAGCGAUAUCUACGCAGCCAGAACAGCUGACGUUACCAAUUAACGCGGCUCCACCAGCAUCCCAGGAAGAUGCAAAGAAGGACGGCACUCUCAAGUUGGAGGCGUCAGGAAUGGCGGAAGACACUAUCACAACGUCAAUUCCUCUGGAUGAAUCACCGUUGAUAUUCGAACCAAGAAAAUAUGUGGAAUUACUGAAGCAACAUUGGAAGAAAGAAGGUGGUGAUGCCUCAUACGCCUUAUUGACAACAUGUUUCGUGCUUGUCAGCGGGACUACAAGUCGCAUCAAAAUUGUAGACACGCUUGUGAAUUGUCUGAGAAUUCUCAUUGAAGGGGAUCCCGAUAGCUUGCUUCCAGCGGUGUGGCUUGCAACCAACUCCAUUUCACCCUCGUAUAUAUCAAUGGAACUCGGUUUAGGUGGAUCUGCAAUCUCAAAGGCCUUGAAAAACGUAUGUGGCCUUGAUAGCCGGUCAUUGAGGGCUAUCUUUAACAAGCAUGGAGACGCUGGUGAUGUUGCCUAUGAAGCAAAAAAGAAACAGAGUUUCACACUACGAAAACCAAAGCCCCUAACGAUCAAAGGCGUUUAUCAGUCUCUAGUCAAGAUUGCCAGCACACAAGGACAGGGCAGCGCAGAAGUCAAACAGCGUAUCGUCGACAGACUACUACAAGACGCUCGAGGUGGCGAAGAGAGUCGCUUCAUUGUACGAACUCUCUGCCAACAUCUCCGAAUUGGUGCUGUCAAGACCACUAUGCUCAUUGCCUUAUCACGCGCUUUCACCCUCUCGAAACCAGUUAAUGGCGAUUUCGCGACUCAGGAUAUCUCACGUCUUCAAAAGCUGCGAAAAGAGGAGCUCGCAGAAGUAUGGUCAAAAGGGGAAGAGAUUGUGAAGGCCUGUUUUGCUAGACGUCCGAACUAUAAUGAUCUCUUACCAGCAUUGCUUAACAUCGGAGUCUGUGAAGAACUUCUACUCCGAUGUGGCCUUUCCCUCCAUAUACCGCUCCGACCUAUGCUUGGAAGUAUCACCAGAGACCUCUCUGAAAUGCUUACCAAGCUUCAAGGGCGAGACUUCACUUGCGAGUAUAAAUAUGACGGUCAACGAGCCCAGGUCCACUGUGAUGAGAAUGGAAAGGUUUCAAUCUUCUCUCGCCACCUGGAACUGAUGACGGACAAAUAUCCCGAUUUGGUUGCGCUCGUCCCAACCAUCCGCGGGGAUGGAGUGAAUAGCUUCAUUAUGGAAGGCGAAGUCGUUGCUGUGGAUCAGACCACUGGUGACUUGAAGAACUUCCAGACUCUCACAAACCGGGCAAGAAAAGAUGUUGAUAUUGGAAGCAUUACCAUCAACGUCUGUUUGUUUUCCUUUGAUCUCAUGUUCCUAAACGGACAGCCGCUGCUGGAUCGCCCAUUCCGGGAGAGAAGGGAGCUUCUGCGCUCCCUGUUCACAGAGAUUCCUAAUCGCUUCACAUGGGUGAAGAGCUUGGAUGCAACUUCAAACGAGUCUGAAACUGUUCUCGACUUUUUCAAAUCAGCAACAGAGAAUAAAUGCGAAGGUAUCAUGGUUAAAAUUUUGGAUAAUUUGGUAGAUAUCCCGUAUACUGAUGACGAGGAACCGAAACUUGCGGAAGAUGUGAAGUUAUCAACUCCCAAAUCCAAAUCAAAAGCCAAGGCUAAACCUACCUCAAAGGAUGGGGGAGAAGAAGGCAAGCCCAAGUCACGGAGGAAAGCGCUCUUGGCAACAUAUGAGCCAGACAAGCGGCUCGACUCUUGGUUAAAGGUCAAGAAGGACUACAACUCAAGUUUUGACACGCUGGAUAUGAUUCCAGUAGCGGGAUGGCAUGGAAUGGGGCGCAAAUCCAAAUGGUGGUCUCCAAUCCUGCUAGCAGUCAGAAAUGAUGAGACUGGCGCGCUCGAGGCUGUCUGUAAAUGCAUAUCUGGAUUCACAGACACAUUCUACAAGGCCAAUAAAGAGUUUUAUGACGACGGAAAAGAAUCUGGCGAACCGAAAAACACCCGUGCUCAACAGCCUGGCUUUAUCGAGUAUUCUGGUCCAAUGCCUGAUGUUUGGUUCGAACCACAGGAAGUCUGGGAGAUGGCUUUCGCCGAUAUAACUCUGAGUCCGACAUAUACUGCGGCUAUUGGGCUUGUUAGCGAUGAGAGAGGACUGAGCUUGCGAUUUCCAAGAUUCUUAAAGAAGCGCGACGACAAGAGCAUGGACGAGGCCAGCACAACCCAUUUCCUUGCUGGACUGUACAGGAAGCAGGAGAACGUCGCUGUUACCAAUAAUGCAACAGCGGAGGUGCUUGAUGAAGAAGAUGACUGAUUGAUGUUUAUACAAGAUUGCAUUUGUAUGGCGUUUUGGGUAUCGAGUGACUAAAUAGACAAUAAUAAUAAUACAUUUCCCAACACUACUUCC